AUGACAGCAGGAACUGUUGUCAUCACUGGCGGAAUACUAGCAACUGUCAUCUUAUUGUGUAUCAUUGCAGUUCUUUGCUAUUGUAGGUUACAGUAUUAUUGCUGCAAGAAGGAUGAAUCUCAGGAAGCCGAAGAGGAAGAAGAGGAAGAGGAGGCGGCGGAGGAGGAAGAAGUCAAUCAUCCCCCGCACUCACACUACAUUAUGUGUAAUGCUUGCAACUGUCGUAUCAUGGACGGGCAGGGCAACUCCUCUUUUCCACCCUGUGAGCUUAACAAACAGAGUAACCGGAACUAUGGCCCAGUCUGUUCCCCUUGCAGUGCCCCCUUUUACAUACAGACCGCUGACAUGGUACGGAACGGGGGCGAGAGUGUCUCCUACACCCCCAUAUGCUGCAAGGAUAUGGGGCCGCCUGUCAAAAUGGCAACCCACCAGAAUUACCCGGUGAUCCAUCACUGCGCCAUCCACGGGACCUUUCCAAAUCUGAGGGCUUUCAGUACAGAAGUAUGA